AUGACAACAGCAACUACAGCAACAAUUAAAAUUAAUGGUAAUGAUACUCCAUUAACAAUUAUUCCAAAUGAAAUUAGUUUAGAAACAGUUAUGUCUGCACCAAAUUUUAAUAAAUGGAUAAAGAAAAUGGAAUUAGAGAAAGAAUUAAAAGUAAAUAGUAUUUCAGUUCAAUCAGUUGAUAUGUUUGGUAAAAAUGUUGGAUUUCUUAAAUUUAAAGCAGAUGUCGUCACAGUGAAAGAGGGUAGAGUCGUGCCAGGUAUCAUUUUCUGUCGUGGUGGUUCCGUUGCAAUUUUAGUGAUUUUAAAAUCAAAAGAAACCGGUAAAGAAUAUUCAGUAUUAACUGUUCAAACUCGUGUACCAGUUGCAUCUUUCCAAUAUUCUGAAAUUCCUGCUGGUAUGUUAGAUGGUUCUGGUCAUUUCGUUGGUGUUGCUGCAAAAGAAUUAAAAGAAGAAACAGGAUUAGAAGUAUCUGAAGAUAAAUUAAUAGAUUUAACAAAAUUAGCAUAUGGAACAGAAGUUGAUGGUGUUUAUCCAAGUCCAGGUGGUUGUGAUGAGUUUAUUAGAUUAUUCCUUUUUAGAGAAACAUUGGAUCAAAGUAAAAUUGAUGAACUUCAACAUAAAUUAACUGGUUGUUUAGAUGAAAAUGAAAGUAUUACAUUAAAUAUCGUUCCAUUAGAAGAUUUAUGGAAAAAGAGUCAUGAUGGUAAAACUUUAUCAGCAUUAUACCUUUAUGAAAAAUUAUUAAAAGAUAAUAAAUUGUAA